AUGUCGUUCCACUUUGUUUGGUCUGUACCUGAAUCAAAGAGAUCGAACGUAGCUGGAAAUACCGCGAAUAGUCACGGUCUUUUAUUUUCAAAUAUCAUAUGGAUUGUAGGCAAUAAACAAGUUCCAAAGGGUAAAUACCCAUGGAGCAUCAAAGUUGUAAGUCGUAAUCAGGAAUCUUCGUUUUCUAUUGCUAUUGCUUUAUCUCAAACGUUAUCAAACAAAAUAAAGAGUGAUAAAGAACAAGGUUGGGCUUUAACUCAUAAUUGGGAAUCCGGUCAUACAGAUACUUAUUCGGAAAAGAUACGUACUGUCAAAGAACAUGAUGUUAUUGAAGUGUGUUGA